UAGUGUCAUUAUUCCUUGCCUUGGCAGGCAGUCGGAUUGUGAAGCAAAUGACGAUAAAUUGCUAAUUUCUCUUUUAGUUUUAACUCAAAUAUGCCUUAUUGGUACUACGAUAAAAAAGAUUUACAAAACACACCAUCAUUUCGUGAUGGCAUCAGUAACGAAACAGAAAAUCGGUAUCGAAAAGAGGGUGCGAGGUUUAUCAUUGAUACAGGUUCCAAAAUGGACUUAGGUUAUAAUACAGUGGCGACUGGUGUUGUUUAUUUUCAUCGUUUUUACAUGUUCCAUUCGUUCAGAACUUUUCCUAGAUACAUAACUGCGUGUUGUUGUCUGUUCCUGGCGGGUAAAGUGGAAGAGACCCCGAAGAAGUGUAAAGAUAUAAUAAAAGUGGCGAGGUCCUUGCUCACUGACCAAAAGUUUGGUACGUUUGGUGAGGAUCCCAAAGAAGAAGUGAUGACCCUUGAAAGGAUACUGCUGCAGACGAUCAAGUUUGACUUGCAAGUCGAACACCCCUACGGAUACCUGCUCAAGUAUGCAAAGUGUCUCAAAGGAGAUAAGACAAAGCUACAAAAGAUGGUUCAGAUGGCCUGGACUUUUGUGAAUGACAGUUUAUGUACAACAUUAUGUCUCCAAUGGGAACCCGAAGUGAUAGCCGUAGCGCUCAUGUUCCUUGCUGGCAAACUCAGCAAGUUUGAGGUGGUCGACUGGAACGGGCGAAUCCCCAAGCACAAUGCCUGGUGGGACAUGUUUGUUGAAGACAUAACAAUGGAGUUAUUAGAGGAUAUUUGUCAUCAGGUAUUAGACCUGUAUUCGAUGCAAGCGCAGGCAUCAGGCGGUGAUUCCCCGCCGCUGCCCUCCACCACGAAGCUGCCAAAAAACGAGAUGAAACCGCCCUCCGGUACACCGCCCACUUCCGUGUCACCUGUCGCCCCUGUCGUGAUUAAGUCGGCGACUCCGAUCAAGAACGGGUCGGACACGAAGCCGGAGGGCGCCGGGCUAGCGGCCCCCAUACCCGUGACCGUGGAGCGCCCGCCGGGCCCCGCGCCCGACCUCAGGUUCCCGCUAUACGUGCCGCCGCCCUCCUACCCGGCGCCGCCGCCCCGCCUGCCGCCGCCGCCCCGCCUGCCGCCCGGCCUGGUGUACGGGGGCGUGCUGGUGCCGCCUCCCCCCGCCCCCGCCCCCUCCCCCGCGGCAGUGCCGCCGCACCCGCCCCUCCACGCCCCGCGACCCUACUACCCCACCCGACCGCCCGCGCCGCCGCCCCGACCCUACUACCCGCCCCCGUGACCGGAGACCCCUGUGCGAGGAGAUGGUGCGGUUUUUUUACACGAAUAAAUUGACUAUAGACUGCUAUUUGUUGUGUUUUAUUUCGAACUCGAGCUGUAAAUCUAUCUUAGUCUUAGUCUUAGUAGUACGGCGGGCUGUUUCCGCAACUCGACACCUAGUGCCUAUUUUGCGUGGGGAUUGGCAUCAGUCCUGCCAUCCCAGCUCCUCCAGAAAGCUCAGCAGUCCCCGAAUGUUGCUGCAGGCCUCUACUAUUGUCUUCGGGCUUCCCAUUAGAGAAGUCCUUUGUCUUGCAACGCCCCUGCACUCCAGUAGGACAUGGGCGCUCGUCUCAUCCGCCUCCAGGCAGGCUCUGCACAGAGGGCUGUCAGAAAUACCUAUAUUACAAAGGUGUUUGUAAAAGUAGCCGUGACCCGUGAGUAUACCCACGAUUUGUUUCAGGGCUUGUCUAGGUAGUCUGAUUAACUUACGUGUUAGCUGCAGGUUUACCUU